UUUUUCUCAGUUGUUCACUAAUCGCGAUAACGUUUAGUUUACCUGUGUUACUGUAAUAAUCCAUAAUUUGAAAAAUUCAGUCGAAAGAAAUAUUGCAGUGAAAAUUAAAAUAGAUAUAGUAUACAUAUCGUAUUGUUUAACGGUAUAUUAAAUUAAGUAAAGCCGUACUUAAAAAGGAAAAAUGGCAAUAUUGACUGAUACAGCUUGUGACUUUGUAGCAGGCUGCUUUGGAGGAGCUUGCGGUGUUUUAAUAGGACAUCCUUUAGAUACAAUUAAAACAUGGCAACAGAAAUUAAAUGCAACAGUUGGACAAAGUGUCUAUCAUAUACUUCAUCAUCGACAAAAAGACGGAUAUAAUUUACAUGGUUUUUACCGUGGAAUGCAUUUUCCUCUCGUUUGUAAUGGCGCUAUCAAUUCUGUUGUAUUCGCUGUGUAUGGUAAUCAUUUGAGAAAUUUAGAAAAGAAUUUAUCGGAAGAAGAAAGGUUAAAACGUCGGAAUAAAAAUGUAAUUUUAUCGGGAAUGGUUGCUGGAUUCAUUCAAUCAUAUCUUAUUUGUCCAGUUGAGCUUAUAAAAAUACGAUUGCAAACGAGAAUAUGGUCACAAAGUAUUAGUUGGAAAAUACUUUUUAUUAACAUGAAGCAAAAAUUCGAUAAACAAUGGUCUAACAAAGAAAUUUCAGAUCGCAUCCCAGCAGUAGCUUACGCAAAAUAUAUAUUUCAAACAGAAGGAUUGAAUGGGUUUUAUAGAGGAAUAACACCAACAUUAUGUCGAGAUGUUUUACCGUAUGGUAUUUACAUGGCGACUUAUGAUGUUUUUUUAGACAUAGUUGAGCAUAGUUUUGAUGUAGAAAAAAGAGAUUCCGUAUCAAAGAGUAGCUAUUCUGGAUUUAUCGCGAUUUCUGGCUCCAUUGCAGGAUUAAUGUCGUGGCUGUUUGUAGUUCCAUUCGAUGUUGUAAAAACUAAAAUGCAAGCAGAAACAGAUCCAAACAAACAUCCAACGAUGCUACAGACUGCGAAAGAAGUGUGGAAGAGAGGCGGAAUUCAAGCUCUUAUAAGAGGUACAAAAAUGAUUUUGCUUCGCUCUAUGCCAGUGAAUGCUCUUACUUUUGUUGGAUAUGAACAUUGUCUUUCUGCUUGUCAUUUCCUUGUAGAAAAAUUUACGAUGAAAUCGAACAAUUUGACGCCAAAUGGAUAAAAAAAUCAUUGAGAAAAAUGAAAUAAAUCGUUUUUAUUAUGUUUCUUGCAUCUUAUUUUACAAUUAAGCAAAAUAUUUCAAUGUAACAACACUAUAAAACCAUUACGAACUACAAAUUAACAAUAAAAU